ACGUCAGAAGACGACGGCGACGAGAGCUCGUCUUCUAGGCUUUCGGAUUGGGCCGUGCCCUCGGACAGCGGCACGGACUUGACAGAUGCCAAGUGUUCUCGCGAUGAGCACGACGCCUCGGAACCUGACGCGUAGCGACACGACUUCUCUCUGUGUAGACACCCAAGAUUACCUCGUGAUCUGUGAGAGGGCGUUCCCAAACCCAAAGUACGGCUGGAGCUGGUGCGCCGUCGACGACGAAUCUCUUGUGAUGAGCGACAAACGUCUCGACUUUCGUUAUCUUCAAGACAAUUUCCAUCUCUAUCAGGCACCAAUCGAGCCAACCAGGGUGCUAGACCUAAAGGCGGCGUCUGGUUACUGGGCAGACAAGGUGGCUCUCGUCAACGGGUCGGCCACCGUCCUUGGGAUCGACAUUGCCCCCGUCCAGUAUGCUACCGAGCCGAACUGCUACUUCGAGUUCCACAACGUCAACUGGGAAUGGGCGAGAGCGCCCGGGUCUUUCGAUCUGAUCCGGGGCAGCAAGCUCCUAGGGAAUGUCAAGGACUGGCCUAGCUUGUUCCGGAGCGCCUACAAGUGCCUUAUGCCCGGCGGUUUUUUGGAGCUGUACGAUCCGCUAUUCAGCUACUUGUCUGCGAGUGACGACGGAGAGCUCUCCUGGAAGUCGGUCUCCCGGCAAGCCUGUGAGCUCGGCAAGAAGACUAGCUGCUCGUUUGCCAUCGCCCCUGGCAUGUACACGCGCCACAUGGUGAGAGCGGGCUUCGUGGACAUCCAGGAGAAGUGGGAGAGUGCCGAUGUGACCAAAUAUGAGCUGCACGACGUCGAAAGCAUGCUCCGCUUGUUGUGGUACCUGGAAGGUGUGGACGACCAGGAAAUUUGGGCGCGUUUGGGGGACUGGCGUAGCCGACUUACGUCGGAAGCUGACAGUGUUAGAGUGCGACAGGUGGCAGUAUUGGGGCGAAAGCCAUUCGACGGAGAGAUAACGUUGGCCUCGGAAGGGUAGGCUUCGUAUGGGGCCUAGGGAGACGACGAAGUGGGCUAGGACGCGUUGUCUAUGGGAGACGAGAGGCGGUAUUAUGCUGUAUAUGGCUUGAAGUGGACCCUGUGGGAAUUAGAGGUGGCGGUGUAUUUGCUUGCAAAUUCGGGCGUCAGUUUACAAGAUAUUGUUUCAUAAUGCGA